UUAUCAGAAUGGAUGAAGAAAUUUUUGCGAAUAUUUGUGAAAAUGUUCGUUGCACGCUUCUGGCCGCCGACAUGGAUAAAUUAAACUAUGUGCGUGAGCUACAGGCACGAGUUCAGUAUCAGAAGGUUUUCACUAAAGUCCUUGGCUCUGAUGACUACGUUGACGAAAUUGAGAGCGAGUGGAUGACACGAGUUCGCGAAUACAGCUCGGAGAAGCAAUCGUCUGAGGAUUUGUACGAAGCUGAGUUAGAAGCGGAAGAAAAGCUAUUGGAGACAGAGGAGGAGGAGGAAGAAGAAAAGGCAACUAUUGAAAGUCUAUUGAAGUCUAUUGAAAGUGAGGAAGAACUAGACGUGGACGUAUGGCAGGGUUACUUUAAGGGCUAUCAGAUUAUGAGUGAGAGCCAAGAGAGCGCCCUUGGCGAUAGCAAAAAAUGCAUCGAACUGGUGAAUGGAGAGUGCGACGCGUCUAUAGACACAUAUUUGCGCGCUGGCAUUCGUUGCUUUGCUAUCGAUCUCUUCUAUGGAACUUUCGUCGAAAAUCAGAGUCUUAUUUUGCGUCUGCGCGAAAGUGAGUUAAGCUACUCAAAAGAAAUCGGCUUCCCUAUUUCGUCCACAAUCUUCGCCAAACUCAGUCCACGUCUGCAGUAUACUGGCUUGAUGGAACCACCCGACCUGGUUGUGAUACUUAACAAAGGUGAUGAAAUCAUGCUGACCAAUAAGCGCGAAUGGUCGACACACUGCUCCAAGAAGCGCGUCUACGUCAAUGCGGGCUUCCUUUUCCAUGAGGUGAAUAUUUUCGACUACAUAUGCAUCGGGUGCGAUGUACAGGUAUCUGUCCGCAAGAAGGACGCUAAUCUGCGAUGCGUAGUUGAAGUGGGCGGUGAAAUCAGGUCGCGGCUACCUGUGCUCUUUCCAUCGCACUGCAGCAAGUUCCUAGCUUCACAGGAGGAAUUAGAGGAUAUUACAUUCUGCAAGGAGGUGGGCAUAAAUGUGCUUGUGUCGUAUAUUGGCGGCACACAGGAGUACUUUGAUAAUUUGCAGUACGCAUUGAAAACGCUGGGAUGUGAGAAUAUACGCCUCUAUGCGCGAAUUGUGAUCAACGAGGUAAAAGGCUGCGACACCGACGUCAAUUGGAUGGCCGAGCACUAUGAUGGUUUCGUCAUUGCCUUAAGUCCUUCUCAGCAGCAUCCAGAGUCGGCCAUACUGCACCUUUGUCCGGCCGCUGAAGAGCUCAUGAAGCGUGCGUAUCUGCUGCAGAAAGUGAUUGUUUUGGAACCCAGUUUGAUCGCUAACAAGCAGCUAAUUGUCGAACCAGCACACUAUCGCCACAUAUUUCUCUACCCCGACAAAUACAUUAUGCCAUGUGAUCACACACAAAGCUCGUUUCACUUCUUCUACCUGCAGAACUCGAUCUCCGAGUUGCUGAUCGAGGAGGCGCUUAGUAAGGUGGCAUACUGCGAUCGAUCGCUUACAGGCAGCGAUUCCCUGGCGCGCUCCGUGGUCUGCGCUUCAUACGAAAUGAACGCUCCGCUGAUAUUCGUUUGCUCUCUGACAGGUCGCAUGGCCGCGAAGAUCGCCCACUUUCGCCCGAAGGCCCACAUCAUUUUAAUAACGCGCAUGAAAUCCGCCGAAACGUUCAUUUCGAUGCAUCACAACGUCAGUUUACUGUACUAUAACGGCAAGGCGGACGAAAAUUGCUACCGCUCGCUGUACAAACACUUGCUCUUCGGAUUGCUGACCAAGGAUCGCUUCCUUGUUCGCCAUGCCAUUGAAGAGGCCAGCACGAUUUUAGGUUGUCGCAGGGAUAACGAGCUUUAA